AAGCUAGCAGCCAAAAUAACUAGGUCAACUAGAUGCCCGACUACAUGUUACUUACCAUUCACUUGACUAUAAAAGCCCAAGAAUGGAGAACAAAAAAGCAUCAGUUGUUUACCAAACUAACAUUGUACAACAUGAAGCUGUUCUUCGUCGCCGCAUUCUUGGCUGUUGCUGCCGCCGUACCAUCCAGCUUCAAACCGGAAUACAAAGCUACCAGUUAUCCAGCCCCAAGCUACCCCGCUCCAAAGUACCCUACUCCUAGCUACCCAGCACCAGCCUACACCGCGCCCGCCUACCCCGCACCAGCUUACUCCGCACCAGCCUACAAGGAUAACAAGUACGCUGCCAUUACCGUCACCAGCCAAUCUGAUGAACGCAACAUCGAUGGCAGUAGCCAAUGGAGCUACGCCCAGUCUGAUUACACCACCCGUGAAGAGUCUCAGGUCCAGAAGAAGAUGCAAGGAGUCACCUAUGAUUCUUAUGGAAAAGAAUCUUACGGCGAAGUCCUUGGCAACACCAACAAAGGAUCUUCUUACUGGAUUUCUCCUGAGGGUCAGAAGUUCACUUUCACUUGGGCCGCUGAUGAAGCCGGAUUUCAACCCAAAGGUGAUCACUUGCCCGUCGCUCCCGUCCACGAAUACGAACUGCCUGUCCACAUCCCUUUCAACGGUAAAGGCUACAAGAUCUACUAAAUUAAUGAAACUCUCAAUUGAAUAAAUAAUUUAAAGCCAUGUACUUCAUCUAUGAAAGCCGAUACCAUCUAGUAAACGUGAUUGUUUGAAAUUUAA